AUGCGCAACACUCUGAUCUUCUCGGGUACCUCGUGUCCCGACCUCACCAGACGAAUAUGUGAAAACUUGGGCAUGGCGCCGGCCGAGGCCGAGCUCACUCAAUUCUCAAAUGGCGAAACCAGCGUCCGAAUCCUCACAAGUACGCGAGAGAAGGAUGUCUUCGUCGUCCAGUCUGGCAGCCCCAAGAUCAACGACACCAUCAUGGAGCUGUUGAUCAUGAUUUCGGCAUGUAAAGGAGGCUCAGCAAGCAAGAUUACGGCUGUGCUACCAUACUUCCCCUACAACCGGCAAUCCAAGAAAAAGUCACAUCGGGGAGCCAUUACCGCAAGGAUGCUUGCCAAUUUACUACACGUUGCCGGCGUCAAGCACGUCAUCACGGUCGACCUGCACGCCUCCCAGAUGCAAGGCUUCUUUCAGUGUCCUGUCGAUAACCUGCACGCCGAGCCUCUGAUUGCUCGGUGGAUAAGGCUCAACGUAUCAAACUGGCGAGAGGCUGUCGUCGUGUCGAAGAACGCAGGCGGCACAAAGCGAGUAACAUCGCUCGCAGAUGCGUUGAAGCUGAACUUUGGCAUGGUUACUACCGACAAGAAGCGUGGCGGUGGUAACAUGUCAGCGAGUGUGAUCCUGGAGCACCUUGACAGGCCAGACCCUGUCGUCGUCCCGACCAAAGACGGUGGUGUCGCAACAACACCCACGGCUGAAGCACCAUUUCCCAACCUAGAUGGCGCGUCAGAGGCGGCAUCAUCAAAGACUCGAGUAGUAGCCGAUUCCCGUGGAUCCCCAAAACGUAUACCUGUUAGGACGCAAUCGCAUUCGAAUGGCAGAUCACGAGUUACGUCACAUCCGAUACAACCCGAGACGGUGGCCGAGGAGAAGGAAGAGGUCGAGGGUGAUGUGGUUGAUAACGGAGAGGACGCAGAUGAUGAGAAUGACGGUCGCCCCGACGAGGUAACACAUGCACGUCUUUUCCAGGGACACAUUGUUCCUGACGAUUUCCCCUCUCCAUCGACAUCUGCGGCAGAUGCGAGCUUGCCUGACGACGAUCCUAUGAUGAUGUCUCACGCCUCUUCUUUCUUUCAACCAGAUAACCAUGCCCUUGGUGGUUCUGGGGAUGCUGCUAGCUCAGAUGAGGAGGAGGACAAACUCAAAGAUCCUCGCAUCGAACACAUGAUCACCCUGGUCGGCAAUGUGCGCAACCGAACAGUCUUCAUCGUCGAUGACAUGAUAGACAAGCCCGGCAGUUGGAUCGCUGCUGCCGAAGCCGUUGUCAAACGAGGUGGCGCUACGACGGUCUACUGCAUGGCAACUCAUGGAGUCUUUGGCGGUGAUUGCCUGGAGCAGUUGGAGGCUUGUGACUGCAUUCACCGUAUCGUUGUGACGGACAGCUAUCCGAUCCGUCCUGAGAAGGCAAGGAGUGCAAGCAAGCUGGUGAUUUUGGACCUGUCACAUCUUCUUGCCGAGGCCAUCAGGCGCAACCAUAACGGUGAAGCCAUCUCGCCUCUGUUCCAGCACAUUGUCGAUUGA